AUGUUCUUCGCCAACGAGAACAGAGACGUCGUCAGAGCUGAGAACCCCGGUAUCAGUUUCGGCCAGGUCGGUAAGUUGUUGGGUGAGAAGUGGAAGGCUUUGGAGGGCGACGAAAAGACCCCUUACGAGGCCAAGGCUGCUGCCGACAAGAAGCGUUACGAAAAAGAGAAGGCUGAGUAUGCCAAGAGACAGUAG